GGAACAUUUGGAGCGGACCAUUUAAAUUUUCAUCAACAAAAAAUAAACAAGCGUGACCGGUGACCGUGGCAGUUCGGGAUGUCCGUCAAAAGACGAUGAAAUUAUCGUGAUCAGCUCCACUCCUGGCUCCUCGAUCUUGUGACCUACUAGUGUGCGUGUGUGUGGAAUGAAGAAACUGACCCAGACAUGGAAGCAACAGAAGGUGUCAAAACUCCGGGACAGUUCCUUCACCACCGCCAGCAGCAAGACCCAGUUGGUACCAUCCCAAGAUGGUGGCAAGAUAUCCCAAGGUAGCACAGGCUCCCAUGGAGCCACAUCCGCAGCACCCACCCCAUCGGCCAGUGGGGGAAGUCGGAAAAGAUUAGGGCAGCAUAUUCCAAGACAAGCUGUUCCUGUGUCGGUCCCAAAGCCAGUUCACGGUGGAGCAGAGGGAGAGAAAAGAGAGAAGGAGAAUGAAGAAGAUUUGGCAAAGAAGAGGAAAGUUGGAGGUGCGAUUGGUGAUCAAAGCAAGAGGCGUUCACCUCGAUUGCAAAAAGGAAGAGACCAUGCUCGUUCUCCUCGUCCCGUAGAACUCAAUCACUCCUUCCAGUCGUCGUUUGGUGGUGAUUUUGACUUUGACGAUGAUGUUCUUCUAGCUGUUGAGAAGGCAGAGGCAGACUUCAACAAGAUUCAAGAGGAUGCUGUCCCUCUCCAAGAAAAAACUCAGCCAAAACAGAGUUGUGAACCCACAGGCUCAAGAACUGUACUGGGUGUUCAAGGGGAGAUUUCUAGCAAGAAAGAAGUAUUUUCUGGUCACAGUGCGAAAAGUUUAGGCACUUCUUCAGGGUUUGUCAUUAAUUGUACAGCAGUCGGUGAGAAUACAUGUAAGUCAGCAGUUAGAAGAAAUUCUGGAAUUGAAAAAGCAGGUGAAAUUGUAAAUAAACAGGAGAGGACUAAGGCCAAAAAUUUGACAAAGAUAGAUGAUAGAAAAUGUUCCCCAUGUCAUGCAGUAGAUGUAAGAAGUGACCCUGAUAGGAAAGGAGAGGUCAGUCUUCCUAAACAAGUGCAAUACACAGCAAUCAUCGCUACAGAUGCAAGAAGGGACAGUGACAUCCCUCAAAAGAGUAACGUCUCUCCUUCAGAUCUAUCACACAUGCCAAAGAUUUGCCAGCUGAACAAAAAUAGCACCAAGAAAGGAAAUAAACAUGCACCUUCUAACCAACCACUUCGAGAAGCUACCACAAAGACUUCUUUCAAGACUGCUGGUAAUAGCUCUUCUGCCCAUUCACCAGUAAAGGUCAAAGGGAACAUUUCCAGACAAGGUUUAUCCGAUGAGGUGAGACAUUCAGGAGAAGGUCUGACCCUCAAAGGAAGCACUAGCACAUUCCUUGAUUCGAUACUGGUGGCAGAUGCAGAGGUACCAGAUGGGCAGAAGGAGGCCGUGGUCUUCUGUGAGGACUCGCAAGAUCAGGAUAAUGAUAUUCCAUGGUCAAAAACUGGUGCGAUGUCGGGGAAACACCAGGACCCUGUGAAAUUCCCGCAUAGUGUGAAGCCUCAUCAAGCUAGUUCUCUUGGAAGAGGAUUUACACCUGGGAAAAGUAUCAGGACUGGACAGAAGGCAAGCAAGAAGAACCCACAAGGUUAUGCAACCCGUCGUUCAUCGACUAGCCCCACUAAUACUGCAACCACGCCCAAACCUAUCAAUCGCUCCACCCACAAGAGAUCCCCUCCCUUGACCCCCAUCUCCCCUCCUCCCUCCACCUCCCCUGCCCGUGACCAGCUGCUCCUGUCGUCAUGGGGUCUGCCAGACGUUGUUCUCCAGCAGUACCACCGGGCUGGCAUCACCAAGAUGUUCCCCUGGCAGGUGGAGUGCCUGGGGGCAGGGCGGGUCCUGGAAGGAGGGAACCUGGUCUAUGCAGCGCCCACCAGUGCAGGUAAAACCCUUGUUGCAGAGCUUCUGGUCUUGAAGAAGAUCCUGGAAACUAAAAAGAAAGCCCUGAUUAUACUACCCUUUGUAUCGGUUACAAGGGAGAAGAUGUUCUACUUACAGUCUAUGUUUUCUGAGGCUGGGGUACGGGUUGAUGGAUUCAUGGGCAGCCAUUCCCCUCCUGGGGGCUUAGCAAGUACAGACAUUGCAAUAUGCACCAUAGAGAAAGCAAACAGUCUGAUCAACAGACUACUAGAAGAGAAGACAAUUGGCCAACUCGGUAUAGUUGUGGUAGAUGAGCUGCAUAUGAUAGGGGAUUCACACAGAGGGUAUCUACUGGAGCUCUUACUUACGAAGAUCAGAUACGUGACAGCAACCACAUUGAAGUCUCCCGGGGACGUCUCUCCAUCUCUCAGUAAUCCUAUUCAGAUUGUAGGCAUGAGUGCUACCCUGCCCAACCUAGACCUGCUGGCACGCUGGCUGGAUGCGGACCUCUACCGUACGGACUUCAGACCCGUACCCCUCACAGAGCAUGUCAAGAUUGGCAAGGCUGUCUUUGACUCCUCCAUGUCAAAGGUCAGGGAGGUCAAGCCACCAUUUGAGGUCAAAGUCGAUGAAGACCAAGUGUUCUCCUUGUGUUUGGAGACGAUUUCCAAGGGCAACGGUGUGCUGGUGUUCUGCCCCACCAAGAACUGGUGCGAGAAGCUGUGUGAGAUGAUGGCUAGAGAGAUCUAUAACAUGCAUCAGGGGCAAGUCACCACAAAUCAAACAGGUUUUGUGAAAGCAUCCAACAUGCUACCUUUGAAGCUAGACCACGCCUCUCUGAGAGAUGUCGUGGAGCAGCUGAGAAGGACACCGGUCAGCAUCAACUCAGUCCUCAGAAAGACUAUCCCAUGUGGCGUCGGCUACCACCAUGCAGGACUCACAUUCGACGAGCGAGACAUCAUAGAGGGCGCUUUCCGUCACGGCUUCCUCAAGAUCCUGGUGGCCACUUCCACUCUCUCCUCGGGGGUGAACCUUCCUGCUCGGAGGGUCAUCAUCAGGUCAAUAAUGUUCAACCGAAAGGUCAUUGACCCCCUGACCUACAAGCAGAUGAUCGGAAGGGCUGGGAGGAAAGGAAUCGACACAGAAGGGGAAAGCAUCUUGGUAUGUAAGACAACGGAGAGAGACAAGGCAUCUAAACUGAUGAGAGCUGAGCUACCACCAGUCCAAAGCUGUCUGAUUAAGAGCCAGGGUGAUGACCUCAGUAACAGCCUUAAGAGGGCCAUCUUGGAGAUCAUUGCUAGUGGUGUAGCGUCCAGCCCUACGGAGGUUCAGGCGUACGCAUCCAGCACACUCCUGGCUGCAAGUCUAUCAGAGGUCAAGACAGAUGAUCAAGGGUCAGGGGUCAACACGGGGUCAGCAGUAUUGUCUUGCGUCAAGUUUCUGGAAGAAAAUGAGUUCAUUAGACUACAGAAUGUGGAGUGUGAAGGUGAGACGACAGAGAAGUAUUGUCCAACCCAGCUUGGUAAGGCUACCUUGUCUUCAGCGCUCUCACCGGGUGAAGCUCUCCAGGUGUUUGCUGAACUGCAGAAGGCUCGCAAGAACUUUGUCCUGGAGAACGAACUUCACAUCCUGUACCAGGUCACUCCAAUCUACAACCAGGGCUUCCAGCCCGACUGGUACCAGUUCGUCUGCACCUGGGAGAAGAUGUCAUCGGAUCAGCGGAGGGUGGCCGAGCUGGUUGGGGUGGAGGAGUCCUUCCUGAUGAGGGCUAGCCAGGGCCUCGUCUCCAGUGCCUCCCGCUCGGCCAACGUCCAGAAGAGCAUUGCCAUCCACCGGCGAUUCUACACCACCCUCAUCCUGCACGAGCUGGUCAACGAAGUCCCACUGCCGACUGUCGCCGCCAAGUACAGCUGUGGCUUUGGGCAGCUGCAGUCGUUGCAACAAUCUGCCAGUACAUUCUCAGGCAUGGUGACGGUCUUCUGUAGCCGACUGGGCUGGUGGAACCUGGAACUCCUCCUGGCCCAGUUCAAGAAUCGACUCAACUUUGGGAUCCAACGGGAGCUCUGCGAUCUGGUCCGGAUCUCUCUCCUAAACGCCCAGCGGGCCAGGCUGCUCUACGAUGCCGGCUACCCCACCGUGGCUGCAGUGGCAACCUGCAACCCGGAUGAUGUGGAAACCCUGCUCAGAAAUUCUGUGCCAUUCAAAAGUGGUAGACAAGCUCAUGGUGAAGACGCCUACGAGGCGGUGGAGAGGAAACAAACCAGGUGUAUCUGGGCCACCGGAAGGAAGGGAUUGACGGAGGCUGAGGCUGCCAAGCUCAUUGUCUCCGAAGCCAGGCAGAUUGUCCAGGUUGAGCUCGGUGUGGCCGAUGUUGCCUGGGGAAAGGAGGAAGAGAAGGAUGACACCAAAGCGGACAACGUUGGUCAGAAAAUGGUAGCUAAGGAUAACACCAAAGCAGACAACGGUGGUCAGAAGACGGUAGCUAACGAUGACGGACCACGAGAGGGCGCCAGAGACGGGGACAAAGGACCUGAGGCGGGAUUAGAGCAUGUGUCAGAGGGCAGCGAUAGAAGUGGUAACAUCAUGAUCAGUUGUAACGGGAAUCCCAUCCCCGAGAAACACCUGGAGAAGGAAUUGAUACUGGUGAAGGGGCGUGACCAGGUUGCACCUGAAGAAAGUCCAGCAGUAGAUGAACCCAUCCCUAAUAGGCCAAGUACAUCAUCAAAGUCUGUUGAAAUUCAUGGAAACUCUUUCAGUAAUUUCAAUGUAAGACAUCCAGUUUUAAAAGAAGUUGUUACUAAACCAUCUGAUAGUUCUGGAGAGAAGUUUGAUGAUGUGCAGAGAGACACUAAGGCAGAAGCAGAGAGCUGUAGUACCAAGGGAGUAGCCAAUGAGACAUCUGGUAGUGAGUGUUCCUCUACUAGAUUCAGUGGAAGAAAAAACAGUUUCAAACACCCAUCUGUUCUAAGAAGUACAGAUGCCAAAGACAGCUCAAAGAAAGAAAUGGUGGUGACUGUCCAAGUACAUGCCAAACCUCAAAAUCGCAAAAUAGAUGCAGAACAAAUGUUUCCACAGGUUCCUUCAAAACAGCCCAAGAUCAUCACAAAUAAGAAUAAGAAUGAAAUAGCGAGGAAAGAAUCCACCCUAGAAAAGAAGGACAUACCUGUACAUUUUGCUUCAAGCUCUACCAAAGAAAAAAGUCAUGAGAUCAAGGAGCAAGAAGAAAUGGCUAAAGGAAAGAUAACUUCAACACCUAUUACAGCAGAGGACAAAGAGACACAUCAUCAAGGUCGGGAGAAGGAAACAUCUCCAGAGCUGUUCUCAUGUCCUUUAGAUGAGGGUGGUCUGGAGGAGGCACUGCAGCAGAUGGUAGAAGAGUUUGCUUCUCCUGCAAGAGGUCCAGGAGAUGGACAACUCCUGGAGUGUUCUUCUCCUGGAAGAGGUCCAGGAGAUGGACAAGUCCUGCAGGACAAGGGCAGUCACAGCAGAGAUGGGGAUGGAAUGUUAGUUGGUGAAGAGGAUGGGAUCAGUCCGACGUUCCCAUCCAUGGAUUCACAGCUGGAGCAGUACAUGGCCGAGUAUUGCACUCAAAACGACAUUGUGGCUGAAUCAGCUAGUCCUGAUCUUGAUGCUGGCAAGAAGAGCGGAAGGGAGCAUUUGAGAAACUCUCAAGAUAUUCGAACAGAUGAUAAACUACCAAGUGGUCCAAGCACAAGGGAAACUGCCUUAGCAAUCAACACUGUAGAUGGAACUACGGUAACAAGUCAUAGCUCAAGUGCCCCUACAGAUACAGUUGCACCAGAUCAAGCGAUUGAUGCGGAUGCUGAAGAAACUGUCCAGAAUCCAGACAGCGAUUCUCAUCCACUGGUAGAGACAACCCAGGAUGUACUACUAGCUGCAGACAUGUGUGAGUUAUUUGACUCAUUCUCAUGUAGCAUUCAGGCAUCAGUUACCUCAGAGACCAAUCCAAGUAAAGCUAUACCCCCUCUGAUUCACACUGACCAGGUAUUAUCCCAUUCAGGUGAAAGAGGUACCAGACUUACUGCUGGAUCUCCUGAAAACUAUGAGAAAGAUGUUAAGCUUGUAAACGCUCCCUCUGCGGCCGCGAAGUCCCCAACAGCAACUGUAACAGAAACUACCACAUACAUGAUGCAAAGAGGUACAGACAAAUCAGAGGCCCAAGGCUGUCAAACUGAUGAUGCCAUGCAGAUAUCUUCAGAUGAAUCUUUCUCAUACUUGGAGACUCCUGAUGAUAAUGAAAUCUUGGAUUCAGAUCCCCAAAAUGCUACCAUGAUUUUUGUUGGAAAAUCCAAACAGUCAUGUACAAAAUCUUGCACCAAGGAAUGUACAAAACAUCCAGAUGUUGUUCGCAGCAAUGCGAAAGGCGCCACAUUGUAUCCAAAGGUAAAAUUAUCAACCAGAAAGGAAAACACUGCACAUAAGGGCACUGCAAAGCAGAUUAUUGGGAAGCAAUCAUUUGUAGGUAUCCAGAAACCUUCAAAGUCGGUAGAAUGUUCCAAUGGAAUAGUGAGUGGCACCUCUGGAAAUAGACAAGCAGAGUUUCAUCAGCUUGCUUCUUCUAAAGGACAUCACAAAGUAUCUGUAUCAAGUAAGACUGUGUCCAAGAAAGCGAGUUUAGCACCAUUAGCAUCAAACAAGCCAUCCAAAUGUGAGUCAUCCUCAAGAACAGUUGCAGAUGAUGUGCUUUUCUCUCCCGAGAGGGAAAACACAGUCCACAGAAAUGCAGGCAGUCUCCUGAGUCCAGGCACUAUGGCCAUGCUGGACCUCUUUGCUGGUGAAGAUGAUGAUAUGUUCACUCAGCUGAAGGAAACGCCAAAGAGUAAGACCAAAGACAAGACGGUCCUUGCGGGUAAAGACAUGAAUGUAAGCAAGAUCGACACCAAGGGUGUCAGUAAGGUCAGUGGAGGAAGAGACGUAAAGCAGAACAAGUCACAGAUUAAGGACAAAGGUGCAAUCCCAUCACGCAAGGAUAGUGCAAUAGCUUUGAGCAGAGAACACCCAAAGAGAAAGAAUGAGCAAAAGGAUAGCGGAUCUCCACCGAAGCGGCAAAGAACCCCGCCAAAGGCUUAUCCUGCUGUUCAAGAAGAAAGUGGAAGUGCAAUAGCAAAAGGCCCUGCAGGUGUGGUUUUCUCCUCAGACUCGGAGCAUCCUGAAAGGAGAACCAGUGAUACAGGAGAUUACAUCCCUCCAACUCCUCCCAGGACAAGACAGACUACUCCAAGGAUCUCAAAGGCCUCUGGGACACAGAAGCCAAAGAGCAAAACAGGACAAACACAGCAAUCUGGUAAGAAGAAGAAAACCCAAGAAAAAUCCCAGCAGAUUUCAAAAAGAACAUCCCCAAGAGCAUUGACCAGGAGUAGACAGAAUCUAGAGGCAGUCAUGGAAGAAAGGCACGCCAUUACCAAAGACGCUCCUGAUGGUUUUAGGGACACCAAGGACAAAGGCCUUCCAAAGACAAACACGAAACUACAUAGGACAAGUCCCGUUGAAAGCAACCAGCUACCUCCUGACAGAACUGCAGGUCAAACGAUUGAUGUGCCCAGGAUUCCAGCUAUAGCCAUGACACCCAGUUUUGACAGUGAAAUGCUAUGCCAAGACAGUGAAGACCUGUUCUCACCUAAACCCAUUGAAUCUCAGGAUGCCCUCAACAUGGGAAUGGACGAAUUUGACUUCAGUCUAAAGUUCAGCCUAGACAGCGACUCUGAAAUACCACCUUCUCCACAUCCUGUCAUCAUCGCCACCACCUCAAGGCAGCAGCAGAACCACCACCAGCAGCAGUCCUUGAUGUCAUCCUUCACUCCAUCAUUCUCCUUUCCCCAGUCCUUCAGCUGCUCUCCCGCCGUACCUUCAUCGGACAAUGCCUUCACCAUCGUAGACGUCUGUGCCAAUGUGGACCUCUUCAGUACAUUUUUGUCAGAGUGGAAGCGGAAGACGCGCUACGCAGUGGCUGUGGCCUGUGAGAAGUACCAUCCUCCUGUCCAAGGUGCCACAAUUGGAGGGAAUUUCAAGAAACCUGGCACAUCCACUCGUAAGGAGGUUCAGUCCAAACCAGAUGGCUUCCCUAUAGAGAACCUUGAGCUCCUGGUGACAGGCAUAGCUGUGUGCUGGGGUGGCAAAGAUGCUUACUUUGUCUCUCUUCAAAAAGAGAUUACUGAAGGUAAUGCAGAUGACACGCUUGCACCACCGGACAAUGCCCCUAACCUGUCGGUCAGCGACAGGCUGAGUAAGAUCAGACCAGUCUUGGAGAUAGAGAAGCUGGGACGGACUGCCAAGGCAAAGUAUCACCGUAAGGUUGUGUUUGGAGCUAAGCACCAGUAUAAGAUCCUGUCUCAAGCCUGCGGGUGUCUCCUAGCGGGCUCCCUGGAAGACCCUAAGAUAGCACAGUGGCUGAUAGACCCUGGUAGCAAAGAACCUAACCUACAAUCACUGGUCACACAGUAUACACCUACUGAUGCUUAUCUCCUAGAAGCUCUUGGAGGUGGCAUAGGCCUAGGAGGGCCAGGGGUUAGUCCAGAGACGAACGGAUCCAGUAGACUGAGGGCUACUACUGAAGCAGUCCUGUCCCUUCAGGUCAUGGACACCAUGCAGAAGCAGCUAGAGGAGAUGGACCUGUGGCAACCAUUUACAGAUGUUGAGAUGCCAUCCAUUGUGACCCUAGCCAGAGUGGAGCUGAACGGUAUCGGGAUAGACGGGGCAGAGUGCGAGACACAGAAGGCCGUGAUGCAGGCUAAGCUGAAGUGCUUGGAGGAAGAGGCCUACAAGAUAGCUGGCCAUGGCUUCUCUCUCACGUCACCAGACGAUGUUGCACAGGUUUUGUACACAGAGUUGAAGCUCCCGCCCAACGGCGACCCCUCUUCCCUCUCCACGUCUGCCGCGGCCCCCGCACGGCGCACCCUCGGAGCAAGAGGGCGCCCUCGCUUGUCCAAGCAUUUCAGCACCUCCAAGGAUGCCCUGGAGAAACUCAAGCCCCUCCAUCCUCUCCCCGCCCUCAUCCUGGAGUUCCGUCGGAUCUCGGCUGCCGUGGCCAAGGUGGUGUUCCCACUCCAGAAGGAGAAGGUGCACAACGGCAGACUCGACAUGGACCGGGUCUUCACUGUAUAUCAGACUCACACAGCUACGGGUCGUGUUGCGACCUUUGAACCCAACAUCCAGGCAAUACCCAAGGAGUUUGACAUUGACAUGCCGUCUGUGAUUGGGGAGAGUCCGCCUGGAGGGGGCGCUGCAGCAGGGACUGGCUCGUUUGCUCCUUCAGCAGUCUCGUCGUGUCGCGGCAAGAAGGGCCGAAUGACCAGGAUUGGGGCAUACACCCCACUGACCAUGAGUAGCGGACCCACCCCCAAGCCUGGUCCCAAGUUUGCAGUUUGUAUCAGGAAUGUCUUCUGCCCUUUUAAAGGUGGAUUAAUGCUAGCUGCCGACUACUCUCAGCUGGAGCUACGUCUCCUGGCACACCUUGCCAAGGACAGGUGCCUCAUGGGCAUCCUGAACAGUGGCAGCGAUGUCUUCAAGCAGAUCGCUGCCAAGUGGAAGCACGUGGAUGUGGACAGCGUGUCGGCCGAACAGAGACAACAGGCCAAGCAGAUGUGCUAUGGGAUGAUCUACGGUAUAGGAGCCAGAGCUCUGGGGGAGCAGCUUGGGGUGUGUGAGGAGGAUGCUGCUGCCUUCAUGGAGUCCUUCAAGUCACAAUACAAGGGCAUGAAGAACUACCUCCUAGAGGUGGUCAAGCAGUGCAGAGAGAAAGGCUACGUCCAGACACUGACCGGUCGAAGGCGCUACCUCCCGGCCAUCCACCACACCAACCCCGGGGCCAGGAACCAGGCCGAAAGACAGGCGGUCAACACCACUGUCCAGGGUUCGGCCGCUGACCUGGUCAAGACGGCCAUGGUCAAGAUUGACCGGAGGCUGGCUGUGGAGUAUCCGGCCACCAAGAGGAGCCAUAAGCACAAGGAGGAAGAGGAAUCAGGGACAGCUCCUGGUCGUCGGAAGAGCAGAAGACUACAGACCUCCACCACCGGCUUCACUCCCCCUGGAGCCUUCCUGGUGCUGCAGCUACACGAUGAGCUCAUCUACGAAGUCAGGAGGGAGGAUGUAGAUCAGGUGGCACAGCUGAUUAAGACCGAGAUGGAGAAUGCAAUGAAACUCUCUGUGAGGCUACCCGUUAAGGUUAAGUUUGGACCUACAUGGGGCACGCUUGAAGAAAUGGAUUUGUGAGGAGGGAGUGUGCUCAGAAUGUGGCACAGCUUAUUAUGACCGAGAUGGGGAUUGCGAUGAAACCUUCUGUGAGGUUACCUGUGAAAGUGAAGGUUGGACUGACGUGGCACACUCAAAGAAAUGGACUUAUGGAGAGGGAGGGUGUUGAAUAGGUGGCUCAGCUUAUUAUGACUGAGAUAGAAAAUGAACUUUGCCUCUUCCAGGGGCGUGAUUCAAUAAAGUGACAUAUGAGGAGGGAGUAUAUUUAUCAGGUGUUACAGCUGUUCAAAAGAGAGAUGGAUAGCGCUAUAAAAUGGAAUUGUGAUGCAGAAAUAGUAUCUCAUUUCACUUGGCCACUCACUUCCACAUUUCAACGGUAAUUUACCCCCUCCCCUCCCUUCUUCAAUCUUACAAUUCAAACUGGUAAGAUUUUAAUUAUCUGAAUUAUGCAAUUUAUUCAAGGACUCUCUCUCCCCCUCAUGUGUUAGUCUAGGUAUAAUAAAUUUAGGAUUCCAUUUUGAGAGUAUAUUUUGCAAAACUCAUAUGUGCACAUAUUGUGGCAUUCAUCAAUGAAUUCAGUUUAAACAAGUAUUUCUAUCAAUUUCCAUAUUUUGUAAUAUUCAACAUUUUCAAAAUUUCAAAUUUAGUAUGAGAUAGUAUUAUAGUAAAUUGAAUGUUUAUAUUUCAUUUGAUUUUGACAUUGCAGUAUAUUGUUAUGAAAUGAACUACACAUGUAAAGACAAAUAUUGAUGAUAUAUGCAUUUGUAGGCCUAUUCCAUUUUUUAACAUUGUGUGAAUAACUCAUAUGUACACAUAUUGUGGUAUUUAUCAUUGAAUUUGGUUAGACAAAUGUUUAACAAAUUCAAAAAUGUGUCAUAUUCAGAAUUAUUGUUAUGAAAUGAACUACUUGCUUAAAGAAAAAUGUUGAUGAAAUGUGCACCUAUUCAAUUUUUUAAACUAUUGUGUAAAUAUCUUAACAUUUUAACUAUUUUGCCAUCUCCUUUGUACAUCUGAAUAUAUUGUAUGUAUGUAUAUCUUUAUGCAAAUUUUUUCAGGUAUUGAAAUGAUUUUCUAGAAUUUAUAUGUAUGAAUUUUCCAAUUUUAUCUGCAUGUAUUCAAAUUAUGCACUGCUGACAUAUUGUAUAUCUCAUUCACUAUACCUUGCUAUAAUGUAAAUGCAUGGCUGUCCAUAAUGAAAAUAAUUUUCCAAACACAUAUACUAGACUAAAAAUUGAUUUUGUUGUUCAACGUUUAUUUUCAACGACAAGAGUCAAUAAAUACGAAAAUACAUGAAAUAUUGGAAUGAAAUACAGUGUGUGCUUGCCUCAUUUUCAGCAGUGACUUGACUGAAGGGUGAUAUAAUGUACAUAAUCAAAGGGUGAACGAAAUAAACUUAAUUUCCCAACCCACUUUGUUCCGUUCCGAAACUUGAAUGAUGAAUUGUUGAAUCCUGCCACCUAGUGUCCUAGUCCUAUUAUAUCGCAUACAUACAUGAUUCCAAUAAAUGAUUUUUCCGCUCGGAGCGAGAAGGGUACGGCUCUAAACAGUCUAC